CCGCCAUCACCAAACGCUACCGCAGCCACCAUCCAUCACCGACCACCGCAAUGGCGCCCACCACCGACCUCCCCGCCUUCAAGACCUCAUUCCUCGAGUCGUGCGUGUCGGCCGGCGCGCUCAAAUUCGGUACCUUCACGCUCAAGUCGAAGCGGAUAUCGCCCUAUUUCUUCAACGCCGGCCUAUUCCACCGCGCCGACCUCGUCCGCAGCAUCUCCACCGCCUACGCGCACACGCUCGCCACGCACGCCCAGAGCGACCCCUCCUUCGAAUUUGACGUGCUCUUCGGCCCCGCCUACAAGGGCAUCCCGCUCGCCGCGACGGCCGUCGACAAGCUCGCUACCGUCGACGAGGCCCGCUUCGGCCGCGUGUGCUACAGCUUCAACCGCAAGGAGGCCAAGGACCACGGCGAGGGCGGCAACAUUGUCGGCGCGCCGCUGAAGGGCCAGCGCGUUGUUAUCGUCGACGACGUCAUUACUGCGGGCACGGCUAUCCGCGAGGCCAUUGAUAUCAUCAAGAGGGAGGGCGGCGAGCUCGUCGGCAUCAUCGUCGCGGUCGAUCGCCAGGAGAAGACUCCCAGCGCUACCGACGACGAUGGCUCCGCUAGGCCUAGCGCCAUUGGCGAGGUCAGGAAGCAGUAUGGCAUCCCCGUCCUCUCGAUUCUGAACCUCGAUGAGAUCGUCGAGUACUGUAAGAGCUCUGCUUCAGAGGAGGAUGUCAAGAGGCUGCUCGAGUACCGCGAGAAGUACAGGGCCACCGACUAAGCGGCCAAUUUAACACAAAACGCCAUCUGCAGAUAAGGGAAGCGCAUGGCGGGGCACAGGCGUAGCACUGUCGGAACAAUGCCGGUUCAGAUACGCGGUUGUGCUCCCGAUUGGUGGUGCGUAUGCAAGCAGGGUAAAAACGGUGCGUCGGUGUACCUCUUCUCAUUCAUUUCGCAAGUUCAAAGUCGACCAAGCCGAGCUCAACGUCAAGCAUCGGAGAUAGACCCGUUGCAAGGUAUUGUGUUCGGUACUGUAGCCGGUGGUCCUUGGAUGCGUACAAGGAAUCAAGCUUGUUGCAAGGAAUUCGCGUUCGGCACUCUAGCCGGUGGUCGUCGGAUGCGUACUCCGUAUGUACAAUUUCAAGUUUAGACGAUGUAACGACAAUAGAAAAGCGUAUAGAGCGAAGCAUUAUUCCAAGAACAGCA